AUGGGUGUACGUUACGGUGAAGAAAGGCUUAAAGAUGACUCGUGCGCAUUAUUGCAAAACUUGGGCAAAGUAGACAGGACCCUCGAUGACAUAUUCGAAGAACACCUUCAGAAUUUCAACAGGCAGCACCAGCAGGCAGUUCGGCUUCAAAAGGAAUUCAACAAUUAUAUAAGAUGUAUACGUGCUGUUCAAACUGCGUCCAAAUCCCUAAUGGAGGCAAUCACAGAGGUGUACGAGAGCGGGUGGUCAGGCCACGACCUGCUGUACGUCCAAGCCCAGAACAUGGAGAUGCUGUGGCAGGACUUCUCGCACAAGCUCGGAGAUCAAGUGCUGAUACCGCUCAACACAUACUCCAACCAGUUUCCUGAAGUCAGGAAAAAAAUAGAAAAGCGAGGUCGCAAGUUAGUGGACUAUGACGGUCAGAGGCAUAGUUUCCAGAACCUGCAGUCCAACGCUGCCAAGAGAAGAGACGACGUCAAGGUGACGAAGGGCCGUGAGCAGCUGGAAGAGGCGAAGAGAACAUACGAGAUCCUCAACUCGGAGCUCCACGAUGAACUGCCAGCGUUGUUCGACUCGCGUGUGUUGUUCUACGUGAACAAUUUGCAGACAUUGUUCUCGGCGGAACAAUUGUUCCAUUCGGAAAGUUCCAAGGUGUUCUUAGAACUUGAGGCAAUAACGGACAAGUUGGCGACGGACUCCCAACGCGGUUCAUACAAGAAAUCCAACAACGUGAAGUCAGCCACGCUCACUUCCCACAACGGGAACCCUCCUUCACCCACCAAUGUGCAAACGCCUUCCCCCCCUUCGCCUCGGGCCGAUACCCCGUCGACGCCGGAAAAGGAUUCGCCAGAAACGCCCCGCGCUUCGCCCGUAACGCCCCGAGAGAAGGAAUCGCCCCAAGGAUCGCCUCUUCUGCCUUCCACAGUCAACGGACACGCGGAUAAUGACACGAAAGACGACAAAAAAGUCGAGGAAUUAUACGACAUUCCAGUCGGUUCACCGGCCACUGAGGCGGUGAAUAAUAACGUGGAAGAGAAGAAGAAAGAGGAGAAAGAACCGGUAGAUGGAAAAGAGACGGUAGACGGGAAAGAGACAGACAAUCGUGUGAAGAGUGACGAUGUGUAUGACAUACCCGUUGGGGCAACACUAGCGGGUCUGCCAGCGGGCACGUUGUACCGCGUACGUGCGACGUACCGCUACACGCGUGAAGAUAGCGACGAGCUCUCCUUCGAAGUUGGGGACACCAUUCGCGUCGUUGAGUACGACGAUCCGGAAGAACAGGAAGAGGGCUGGUUGAUGGGAAUAAAAGAGACAACGAAUGAGAAAGGCAUGUUCCCGGCUAACUUCACUCGGCCCAUUUGA